CCCAAAGUCACCAACUCUUGCAGACUUUGCACCCGCAGAGGAAAGAGUUUUUUGUUUUCGCACUCGCAGAGACAAAACAAACAAACAAAAGGGUAAAACCGUGAAAUCAGGAAGCAACUCCCUUCCUCUUCCUCCACCCCUCGCAUGCUUCUUUUUUCUUCUCUUUCUUUCUUUCUCUCUUUGUUCUGUUGUGCUUUGUUGUAAGAGACAGAAAGAGGAUAAAAGCUGUCCCCACUGUUUUUCAUGGCAACAAGAUACUCCCAACACUCCCCUCUCUCCCUCUUUUCCCUGCCAAAGUAACCUUAACCUCGUUAGGGACAAACAAAAAGCACUCACACACACACACAAACUGAGUGAAAGAAAGAGAAGAACAAUUUUGAGGACAAAGUGAAGAGAGAAAGAAAGAAAAAAGAAAAGAAAAGAAAAGAGUGAGUUGUUUCGGACAGUAGUAGUAGUAGUAGUUAGAUAGAUAGAGAAGGUGGAAGUGGAAAAAAGGAUGUUUUUUUUUAAUUGUGAAGUGAAACAAGGGGUGGGGGUGGUGUGAACAAAAAAAGGUGUAUACUGAGAGAGAGAGAGAGAGAGAUGGUGGGCUCAGGAACAACAACAACAAAAACAGAUAGGAGCAAAGAAGCUGUUGGGAUGAUGGCCCUUCAUGAGGCCCUCAGAAGUGUGUGUCUCAACUCAGAUUGGACUUACUCUGUCUUCUGGACCAUUCGUCCUCGCCCAAGAGUGAGAGGUGGCAAUGGGUGCAAGGUUGGGGAUGAAAACGGCAGCUUAAUGUUGAUGUGGGAAGAUGGGUUUUGCCGAGGAAGGGUUUCAGAUUGUUUGGAAGAGAUUGAUGGAGAGGAUCCUAUCAGGAAAUCUUUUAGCAAAAUGUCCAUUCAGUUAUAUAAUUAUGGAGAAGGGUUGAUGGGAAAGGUUACAUCUGAUAAGUGCCACAAAUGGGUCUUCAAAGAGCCUACGGAAUGUGAGCCUAAUAUCUCCAACUACUGGCAGAGUUCCUUUGAUGCUCUUCCUCCUGAAUGGAUAGAUCAGUUUGAGUCAGGCAUUCAGACAAUCGCUGUGAUUCAAGCUGGGCAUGGCCUUCUGCAACUUGGUUCUUGCAAGAUUAUCCCUGAAGACCUCCAUUUUGUGCUAAGAAUGAGGCACACUUUUGAAUCUCUAGGCUAUCAAUCAGGGUUCUACCUCUCCCAACUCUUCUCUUCAACAAGGAGCACAUCCUCUUCCACUUCCAUUCCUUCAAAACCAUCCACCAUUCCAAUUAGGCCACCCCCUCCACUCCUCAACUGGGGUCAGAGGCCACUUGAAUCUUCCGCUUCUAUGCUAUCCUCUCCUAGCUUUCAACAUGCAGCAGCCAGAAUGGGGUUCCCACAGGCCAAAGAUGAGACUCAUAUGUUCCUCAUGCCUAAUGCAUCAUCAGAGCAGCUUGCAAGAAUGGGAGACAUCAUGGGGGAGCAUGAAAAUGACAUAAAGUGGCCAAAUGGCCUAUCCAUCUUCAAUGCACUCACUGGAAGAUCUGAUGAUGCCAAACUCUUGUUCAAUCAAGAUAGCUUGGGAGCCAAACCAAGUAGUGAUCACAAUCACCGCCACACUCUCAACCCUAAUCCAAAUGCUGGUAGUGUAGCAAACCCAAAUGAGUUCUUGAGCUUGGAUGGUCACACUGAAGGAAGAGGAGGGGCAAGGAAAGUGGACAAGUUCAAGAGGUGCUUCACUCUACCUGCCAGAAUAAUGACUUCAUCUUCAUCUUCUACUUCAAUGGAUCACCAUCAACAACAAGCAGGUGUGGAGUAUAGGAAUUCAGAAGGUAGUAUGUACCAGGAUGUCAUGGAGACCUUUUUGGAGUGAGUGAAUGAGGGGAGAAUAAGGUAAGUUGUGUGUACUUUGGGAAAUGAAGAUGAAAAACUUGUAUUUAGGCAUAUUAGUUAUUUUGUGUUCCUUAAUUUUCAUGUGUUAAGCUUUCUUUCCUCUUUUUGUAUCCCUGUGUUUUUUUUUCUUUUCUGUCAUCUACGCAGAGAGACUUCAUUAAUGACAAUUUAUUUCUAUUAGUUUGAUUAGACAUGGAAGUUUCCUACA